AGGUUAGGUUUCAAGAUGUGCACAAUCCCAACCCUGAAUUUUCUUUCCAGCUCAACAGGUUGUUGUACUUACUUGCUCAUUGAAAUGUAGGUGGAGUCUUCUCCUUCAGUGCCUGUCUGGAUCACAAAGCUGCUCUCUGCCUUCGUCUUUCUUCCUGUCUUUUUUACUUUCAUACACACACUUUUCAUAAGCCUUUAUUAAACUGCUGUUUUUCCAAGGCUGCUGAAACAAUAGCAGGAAGAACUUUCCGCUUGCGAGUCAAACUGCUAAGACCCAAACAAGAUGGUUCAGUACGGCCUGGACUAUACACGCUGCAGAUGGAUCUUACCUCUUCUUCUGGGUUUAGCAGUGAUCUUUGGGAUCAUUUCACUGGUUGGCUGGGGCUGGGUAACCUCAGAUGGCCUGCCAUUUGCACAACGAGGUUCGUUAUGGAAAUUAUGUUCUUUAGAAGAUGAAUGGCAAUGCAGAUCGCUCAUGGAUUACGCCUGGGGUAGAGGUGCAGCUGCCACUUUCUUGGUUGGAUUCAUAAUCGUAUGUAUCUGUUUUGCCUUAUCCAUCAUCGCAUUUGCCAUCCCAACGCUUCGGUUCAACUUCAUCAGAGGGAUAGGAGGCCUAUUGUUUGUUGCAGCUGUAUUCUCGCUAAUGGGCCUUAUCAUCUACCCUGUAAUGUUCUCAAGAUAUAUAAGUUUCCCAGCAGGUAGUAUGGCUGAGUUCGGCUGGGCCUACGGUUUUGGGUGGACCAUGUGUCUUAUGGCUAUAGGUCUCGGAUUCUUCUUUUGCUGCCUCCCCCUCUACGAAGAUCAUAUUUUGGGAAAUGUCAAACCUUAUUAUUAUGGAGAUGGUAACUAGGAGUAGCAGCAGAGUCACCUUAUUGAUUUCCUGAAUCUUUGCUUUCCAGAUAUGUGCAGACUAAAAUAUUCUCCUGCACCCACUUACUACCAUCUACUCAGCCACAUUGAAAGCAGUAAAGAGGCUUAGCAGCUUAAUUUAAAAAAAAAAAAAAAACCACGCCCAAUAUGUUAAAAAUAAUACCUUAUUUUCCAUUUUUUGUUUGAUGUGGAUUAGUUAGUUUUUUUGAUAUAAUUUUCUUGAUUCCUAGGAAGAACUAGGAGUAAUAAAGUUAUACCUUUGCUCUUUAAUGGGCAAGUUACAGUGCAGUUGCCUUUCAGAGGUAGAGCAGAUCUAUCAAACUGAUCAAUUGGUAGAACUCAUAAUUGAAGAAUUGUGUAUUAAAUUCUACAUAUUGAAAUGAAUCUGAUCUGUUUCCAUUGAAAGGGAAUUUGCUGCCAGUGGUACUGUUGGAAACAAUCUACAUGCAUCCUUUUGUUUAAGCCAAUGGACUUUUAAUAAUUUGCACACACAAAAAAUGUCAGUGGCAGUAUCAUUUUGUGAAGGCAAUCUGGUACCUAAAUGGAAAACCUAACAAUAUCAUUAGCACUGACAUACUGAAAUAUUUAGUUUAGAUGGUUAAUAUAUUAAUUACAGUCAGAUGAGUUAGUCUCCUGUAAUGUUUUAUCAGUUGAUCCCCUAGCAUCUACACAACUUACAUUCUUCAGAUAUUCCUAUAUUGCAGGAAAAAAGCAUACUGUCUUAUGAGAUGUCCAAAUUCUGCUGUAUUUCAGAACAUUUGUUACACAUACCACCAGAAAUGGAAUUUUGGAGACAUGAAAACAAAUUUAAAUUCAUGGAGCUCCAUUUUACAUUUCACCUGCCUGCUAGCAUAUUGCAAAUACAUUGUGUAAGCAAUCACUCACAAAAUGGCUACAGAUGUGAGUCUUAGUAAGAGACAUCCAGCAUGAUGCUUCCUAGGCCUCUUCAUGCUGACCUGACCUGACCAUUCCCUCAUUACUAAGAUGAAUGUGUGGAAAUUCUGGGCUCUUCACUGCAUACGUUUUAGAUUUUUUUGUCAAAAGGAGGACCAUAAUAACUCGGUAAAAGAGCACAUGAUUUGUUUGCAAAAGAUUCCAAGUUCCAAUCCCUGGCAUCUCCAGUUAACUAGGUGAUAGGUAGUAGGUGAUGUGAAAGAGUCCUGCCUGUGUUCUUCAAGAGCUGCUGCCAGCCAGCCACCAGGUCUUAAAUGGACAGUCUGGGCCUCGUGUAAGACAGCUUCCUAAUGUGACUGGGAAUAUGUAAUAGCAGAAGAAACCUAUUUCUAUCAUCUUAAAUGAAAAUAUGGAACAAAUAUCUAUACCGAUAAUGUAUGCCCAGUUUCACAACAGCCCCCUUGCCCCAAAACACAGUUUAAAACAAACAACUGUAUUUCAUAAUGUUCUCUCAUAAUAAAGAAGCAAAGCUAUGCAAGAUAACAGUUUGCUGAUGUUCUUACUAUGCUUUUGUGCUCAUAUCUCUUAGUUUUGCCAUUUUGCUUCAUUAGGGGCCAGUGUUUGGGGGGGAAACUGUAUAACUGCCAAAAGUAUUAUUUUCACAGAGGCAAUUGUUUUGUAAUAUAUUUGUCUUUCUCUUUAUGUACAACAAUUGGUAAGAAGCAGCACAAUCCCUCUUUAUCUGAAAGGACCCAGAUGCUGCAUUAAGGAAGCCUAGUGGGUAUUGAAUUGGGAAACUGCACCACAGGAAUGGGCCAUUUGGUAACUAGUUCCUCUUUACCGGUGAAGCCUGCAGAAAUUUUUUUGGGGGUGGUGGUAAUAAAACAUUCUCCUCCUUGCUGGCUUUCAUGCUGUGUACCGCUAUUGCUGUUGUUUUAUCUUUUGUCAUUUAUCCUGACCAUCUUACAGGCCAAUGCUAUGCUUACUCUCAAAUCUCAAGUAAGAGCAUAUAGAAUUGUAGUCUUAGAUUGUAAGCCCAUUGGCAGGAACUGUGUAAUGUCUGUGUUCUGUAUGCGAUCUAAUUUCAAAUGUGUUAGCUAAGUGUUAACUAACUUAAGUAGAUGUAAUAGUUGAAUUCCAAUCCAAGCACACUGUUCUGACAUAAUUUUGAAUAAUUCUUAAAAAUAUUAUGUUAUAUUAAAAAUCAGUUAAUAAAA